AUGAAGAAAUUCUUGCUCGAGCGUAGCCUCCGACCAUGGUCGGACUUCACUAAAAUCGUCGGAAUCGAAACACCGGCCACUCUGGACGAGUUCUUCCUCAAAGCUCAGGCAUACAUACAAUAUGAGGAAAAAGAGGCCGCUCACACGGUACGCAAUUCUAGACAAGAAGAAACCAGCAAGAAUGGUCGACAAGACGAUUCCCGUCGGGGAACGGACAAGAAGAAAGACGACAAGGGCCAGGAUCCCAAAGACUACAAAGCCCCAGCCGGGAAAUUCCGAGAAUACACCCCACUCAACGCCUCAAGGGAACGCAUCUUGAACGAGUGCGCAAACGCCGAAUUCCAGACGGGCAAGGUCCGCUUCCCUAAAACCAUGCCCGCACGACCGAACUUGGAUAAAUCAAAAUACUGCCGGUUCCACAAAGGCCACGGGCACAACACCGAGGACUGCAUCCACCUAAAGGAUGCCAUCGAAAUAUUAAUCAGGGAGGUACAUUUGAAACAAUAUGCAAAGAAGCAGGAAGCCGCGAGGGAAACUAAACCAGUAACCGAGGAAAAACUAGCGGAGGAUACACCUGCCAUACAAGUAGCCAUGAGCAUCACCAGGCCGGAAGACUUUUACCUCCCUGACUGGGCUGCACCGGCGACCACCACCUCCCCUUACAGCGCGUGGGAAAUGUUCCCCUAUGCCAUGGUCAUAUCGCGUGGAGGAUUCAGCAAGCUCACCGUGGGAUCCGUAAAGCGCAAAUUUGACGAGCUGAUCUCAGCCAGCGCAAACAAGGCCACCAUGCUCGACCACACCAAGGGCAGCCCAGCCUCCAUCUCCUUUUACAAAGAGGAAUUGCCCGGUGGAGCCCCCAACGCCAACAUCCCCCUCCUCAUCAGGGCUAGGAUGGCCAAUUUUGACGUACGACGGAUAUUUAUCGAUCAGGGAAGUUCAAUAGACAUCAUGUACUCCCAACUGUUCAGAACGCUGCAACUGAAUGACAAUCACCUCACUCCCUACAUAGGAUCCGACCUACAAGGCUUCAAUGGCACGGUAACUAAGCCGUGGGGGUUCGUCGAACUCAUAGUUACCAUCGGAUCGGUAGAAACCACGAGGGCCGUCAAAAUCCAAUUCCUGGUCAUCGAUUGUCCCUCAAUAUACCAGUGUAUUCUCGGACGCCUGACGUUGGCCGAGUUAAUCGUCGUUCCUUCAACCGUGCACCUAAAGCUUAAAUAUUAUACGACUAAGGGAUAG